AUGGGUUCAAAUUCCAUCUAUGGUAGUGUCCAAGAUCGCUAUGGUGAAUUGGCUGAUCGCUCUUCCACAAGCGAGAAGAAAACCGAGCAAAAUAUUGCCCAAGCAUUUGGUUAUGAUGCUGCAGACCUCAGCUCAAUUCCCCAGGCUGCAAACCUUGGAGUCAGCUGUGGAAAUCCUUUGGCCCUUGCCAACUUGCGAGCGGGUGAAACAGUGAUUGACUUGGGUAGUGGUGGUGGCAUCGACGUUUUGCUGGCAGCCAAGAAAGUCGGCCCCAAAGGGAAGGCCAUUGGUGUGGAUAUGACGAAGAGCAUGCUUGAACUCGCUCGCAAAAAUGCGGAGAAAGCGGGUGCUUCCAAUGCGACCUUCAUCGAAGCCUCAAUUACGUCUAUCCCACUGCCUAACGCCACCGCGGACUGUAUCAUCAGUAACUGUGUGGUAAACCUCGUCCCUACGGUUGACAAACAUCUUGCGUUCAACGAGAUGUUCCGCUUGCUGGGACCCGGAGGUCGUGUUGCCAUCAGCGAUAUCCUGACUCGCAAGGAACUCCCCCAAGAAGUGAUCAACAGUCUAUCUUUCUAUGUUGGAUGCAUUGCAGGAGCCAGCCAGGUUCACGAGUAUGAGAAGUAUCUCUCCGAAGCGGGAUUUGAAGAUGUCGUGAUCAUCGAUACCCACAGUGAUAUCAAUGUUUACAAAGAUUUGGUUCAAAAGCAAAUGGAUCUUGGAGAGGCCAGUGACCGGUUGGAACCUACUUCAUGCUGUGGAGGAAAACAAGAAAAGCACACUAACGGAGGAGACUUGCUGGAAUGUGACUUUAAUGAAUGGGCUGGUUCAUUUCAAAUUUAUGCAGUUAAGCAGUCGGGGAAAUAA